GAAUUUGACCCCACCACCCGACCAGCAUACAAUGACUACGACCGGCAAACCUUGAUGGGCUCGACUCUCGACUCUGCUCAAUGUGUCCCUUUAGAGGUCUUCAAUGACCAGGGCAAAGGGAGAGGAAUACGUUCGGCCGAAGCGAUCGAAGAAGGCAAAUGCAUCUUGAAGCUCACUCCAGCCAUCGCUGUGCUUGACGAUGCGCAUCUAAACAACACAUGUAGUGGUUGUUUUGCGUUGCCGUCAAAUCCAUUGGGUGGAACGACUGCCGGAAGUCUGCUAAGGUGUUCUGGAUGUCAGAUUGUGCGGUAUUGUUCGAAGAACUGUCAAAGGUCCGACUGGCCAAACCAUAAGCUUGAAUGUCCUGUUUUUCGCUCCCAACGCCCUCGGGUACUUCCGACUGCCGUGCGUGCGGUGAUGCGUAUCCUUCGUCUUCCGCGUGAUGGCGAAGUGUGGAACGGCUUCCAGGGCCUUAUGAGUCACAGAGAUGAGGUCAAGGAAGCCGGUGGACCAAAGGAAGAGAUGGUUACCCUGUUCAGUCGUGCAGCAAAGGAGUACUCAGAGGAGAACGAAUUGGAUAUCGCGUCGGUUGAAUCCAUAUUCUCUACGUUCAUCAGCAAUUGCCUGAGCCUACUCAUUGCCUCUUUCGAUGAAGUCGGGUUGACAGCGGAUCCUCUAGUGUGCCUCCUGAAUCAUUCAUGUUCACCCAACGCCGCCGUUGUGUUCGAGAACAAAGUCCUGACUAUCCGCUCCGUCCGAGCCAUUAGUCCGAAGGAGGAAAUUACCAUCAGUUACGUUAAUCACCUGCAGAGGCGGGAUAUACGCAGACGCGAAUUGAAGGAAAAGUGGUUCUUCUCAUGUGAAUGUGCAGCAUGUGCACGAGACGAGUCGGAAAAUGCAAGGGAUCCAAGGGAAUGCUUCACGUGCGCAAAUUGCAGAAAGCUUAUCCCACCACCAUUGAAGUCGGAGCAUUCAACCGAGAAGCUAGCGUGCCCGUCAUGUAACAAGGCUCAGAGGUUUUCAUGGGCUGAGCUUGAGAAAAAGGAAGAGAAAACCCUAGCGAUUUCGGAAGAUCGAAAGAUGCGAGCAAGGAGGACACCAUUACUCCCGCUCUAUUACCAUACCUUCAAUGUUGCUUUGAACGAACAGGAUUUCCUGGCAGCUUUUAGGCAUUCCAUUUACAUCCAUACAGCACUUCGUCUAAACUCUGAUAGAGGCACGGAUCUUGAUCCCGUGGCUGUCGUGCAGACCUUCGCGGCAGCGAAGCUCGCGUCAUACCUGGCGUCAGAACCUGAACAGCUUGUCGAUGUUAUCCAACAAUUAGACUUGCUGAAGCUUGCUUGGCUCCUUCUGGUUGAUGCAGACAUGGUUGUUGGAAUGACACAUGGUGACGGAAGUCGCUUUGCAAAGCAAGUUCGGGCUGUCAAGGAUGAGCAUAGGGUGAACUCGUUAGGACUUGACGGUGGUCGGUUCUGCGCUGAAUCGGAGCAAGUACUGAGAGGAGCGAAUGCGAGUGAGGAAGCGUUGGAGGAAGUCACCCGGGUGCAGGCAUUGGCGAGGGAAAUGGCGGCCCGAGUUUCCGCCGGACAUUGUGGAGGCGUGGAAUUAAAUACACACUUACCUGAUACCGUCUAUUUGAUCAGAUAA